GUUAUCUCACCCGUGUGUCAAGAACGAGAAAACAUGACCAAUUCAAAUGAUGCAUUUUAGAAUAUGCAAUACAGAGCCGUAUCACUACUUUUUUCUAUUUUGUUUUCGAAGCUACGUAAUGAUUAUGUUUAAAACUAUUUUCGUGUAUAUAAAUGCCCAGACUAUUAAGGAAAUGCACAAGAGAAAUGUAAUUUCUACUAUCUGUACCACAGCUGGCUGAUAGAAGGUUUGUAAUAUUUUAUAGAAAACAUUGGUAGAAAUGGAUUCUGGAAGAGAUGACCAAGAUGUGUGGCAUAACGAAGAAAAGUGCCUGGCUCCUUAUUCAGAAAAUGGCGAGCUCUGUGAAGCUGUGAUAAAGUCCAUCAGUUGUGGUGCUAAUGGUUUAUCUUAUGCCGUUAUUUCAUUUUUGGAUUCUACCCAAAAGAAAGUGCCACUUUCAGAGAUCCAAAAACCACCAUCCUAUAACAGCUCCUGGAAUACAUCCAUGUUUGAUGAUGAAGACUUGGAAAAACCUUUUUUCCCAGACAGGAGACCCCAUGGACCUCUGGAAAAUUUUCCAUUGUCAAAUACUGCAGUUUCUGUUCCUUAUACAAUCAAUAGAUAUUUACGUGAUUACCAGAGGGAUGGGAUAACAUUCUUGUAUAAACAUUUCUCUCGGUCUGUGGGAUGUAUCCUUGGUGAUGACAUGGGACUUGGAAAGACAAUACAGGUUAUAGCAUUUCUGGCUGCCAUUCUUGGCAAGAAGGGAACACGUGAAGAUAUUGAAAACAAUAUGCCUGAAUUUUUAUUGCGAACUGUAAAGAAAGUCUGCAGUUCUUCAUCCCCUAAAAAGGUUUUUUUGAUCGUUUCACCACUAUCUGUACUGUACAAUUGGAAGGAUGAGCUGGAAACCUGGGGAUACUUCAGGUUAACAUUGAUUCAUGGAAACAAAAAGGAUUCUGAGAUUUCUCGCCUCAAACAGGGAAAAUUUGAAAUUGCUCUAACUACUUAUGAGACUCUUCGAUUGUGUUUAGAUGAAAUUAACAGCAUUGACUGGUCAGCUGUGGUUGUUGAUGAAGUGCAUAGAAUUAAGAAUCCAAAGGCCAGAGUAACACAGGUCAUGAAAGAAAUACGGUGCAAAGUUCGUAUUGGUCUUACAGGAACUAUUUUACAGAACAAUAUGGAGGAGCUGUGGUGUGUUAUGGACUGGGCUGUUCCUGGAUAUUUGGGUAGCAGCAGCCAAUUCAAAGAAAAAUUUUCAAACCCUGUAGAGUAUGGACAAAGGCAUAACGCUACUAAGCGAGAAUUAGCUACUGGAAGAAAAGCUAUUCAAACACUAGCAAACAAAUUGUCACCAUUUUUCCUGAGAUGUACUAAGGCACUUAUAAGCCAACAGUUACCUAAAAAAGAAGACCGGAUUAUUUUCUGUUCUCUAUCAGAGUUUCAGAAAGCUGUUUACCAAACAGUAUUAGAAACUCAAGAUGUUAACCUGGUCUUACAAGGAGGGGAGCCUUGCAGCUGUAAAAGUGGUCGAAAAAGAAGGAAAUGCUGCUACAAAGAAAAUAUGUUUGGUGAAAGUGUGAGGACUCUUUAUUUUAGCUACUUGGCUAUCCUACGUAAAGUUGCAAAUCAUGCUGCUCUUUUACAGACGGACACUAGCACCAGCAAAAAACAGGAAGCUCAUAUUAAAAGAGUUUGCAACGAAGUGUUUUCCAAGUUUCCAGAGUUUGUCCGGCAAAGCAAGGAUGCUGCAUUUGAAACUCUCUCUAAUCCCAGAUAUAGUGGAAAAAUGAAGGUCCUUCAGCAGCUUUUAAAUCAUUGCAGAAAAAACAAGGAUAAAGUUCUUCUUUUCUCCUUUUCCACAAAGUUGCUUGAUGUUUUGGAAAGAUAUAGUAUGGCCUCAGGGUUGGACUAUAGAAGGCUUGAUGGAAAUACAAAGGCAGAAGAAAGAAUGAAAAUUGUGAAGGAAUUCAACACUAUGCAAGAUGUAAACAUUUGCCUAGUUUCUACUAUGGCUGGAGGUCUAGGACUCAAUUUUAUUGGAGCUAAUGUUGUGGUGGUCUUUGAUCCCACAUGGAAUCCAGCCAAUGAUCUGCAGGCUAUUGACAGGGCAUAUAGAAUUGGACAAUGCAGGGAUGUGAAAGUUUUUAGGUUCGUGUCCUUGGGGACAGUGGAAGAAAUGAUAUAUUUAAGACAAGUUUACAAACAGCAACUUCAGUGUGCAGUGGUUGGAAGUGAGAAUGCAAAGCGCUAUUUUGAGGCAGUGCAAGGUUCCAAGGAGCAUAAAGGAGAGCUGUUUGGUGUCAAUAAUUUGUUCAAACUAAGACCACAAGGAAGCUGCCUUACCAGGGAUAUAUUGGAGCGCGAAAAACAGGUGGAAGAUGGAGUAACAAGUGCUUCCAUGUAUGUAAGUCAGACACCUGUGACAGUUGACACAGAAAUGGGUGCAGAUAUUGAUAGCGAUGACCCUAAAGUGGGAGCCAAACAUUGUCAACGGUUUUUCAAAGAAUCCACCUUUGAUUUUAGCAGUGAUAGUGAUGAAGAAACAAAUGGAACAUCAGUAAUGAAACCCAGUAAAAUGCCGUCCAAUUCUGAUAAUAGGAGACAGCUUACAUUACAUCAAUAUGGAUUUUCAAAAAUGCUGGAAAGAGAAAUUACAACUGAUAACAAGAAAACCUCCCUUCCUGGAGAAAGUAAUACAUCUAUAUUAAAUGUAAAUAUGAGUUCUGGAAAAAAGUCUUCACUCACGGUUUUGGAAAAUGAGAAUGUUGUCUCUGAAACAGAAUACAGCUCUGAUGAGAGUGGCGAGGAUAUUGUCUUGUCCACCCAAGUAUGCAAACAGGAUAAGGGGAAAAAAAUAUCUAUAAUAAAAUGCAUUGCAGAAUCAGACUCUUCAGAUAUUGAUUUAGACACAUCUGAUAACACUAAUAGGCAACCUGUAAAUAGUAGCUGUGAUGAUAUCAGCGAUGAAUCUGAUGACAUUGAAAUACCAAAUAAAUACAGAUCUGGUAACACUGGGAAAUUAAAAGACUCUUUUAAUAACAAAUAUGAUGCAGCUAAAGAUUCUCAGACAAUAGAAGUGUUUACAUCCUCUGAUGAUGACAAUUUGCAAAUUAAAAAAUCAAGUCCUAGUUAUGAAGAUACCCCACAAAAAUCAUCAAAUUUAAGAAUGCAUAUGGAAUCGAGAAAAAGAAAAAACAAAUCAGUGUUUCAAAUAAAGAAAGCCAUAACACACCAAGAAGGUGUUAAAUAUAAUGGAAGUUCUUUGGAUAAAGUUCUAGAUGGAGUUGAAGGUGUAGCAUAUAUCCACUCAAAUCAGCACGUUGUGGGUUCAAGCAAAGCAGAAAAUCAGCUGAGCAGGUGGGCUGUACGUGAUGUUUUUGAAUUAAAACAAUUCUCCCAGCUUCCAGCCAAUAUUACACCUCUUAAAAUUACGAAAUCUGAAUAUGUUUCUGAUAAGAUGACACCACUGAGAAAAACCGAGAAAGACUUGGAAACAAAAAGUUACCCUAUGUUGCAGUAUCCUGUAACACACCAACAAAAGAAGGUACAUCGAGUAGGGAAAACAACUUUCCUGGUUGGGGAGACUCCCAAGGCAUUGCAGAGGAAACAAUUUCAGGAAAUGGCGGCACACUUUAACAUGGCUUCAGCAGAACAGUUUGCUCAUCACAUCUCCAGUGUAAAAUCUGAUGUCCGACAGAACAUGCUCCGUGAAUAUUACAUCAGCAAAUAUUCUGAAGCUGGAGAGCUAUAUCCUGUACAAGCACAGUUAGAGUUACAAGAGGAUAAAGAGCACAAAACAAAGGAACAGGGUAAACUGGCUACAAAAAGAAGACAAAAGGGCAUGAAUGCAUUUCCAGAUGAAACCACUGAAAAGAGGAUAAAAGCACAGCAUAAUAAAAAAAUUAGAAAAAACAGUGAACCAAUUGGGAUUGACAGCCAUGGCUGUGAACAUUCUAGCAAUUUGAACAUGCCCAUUAUAAUAUCCCAUACAGGAAACCCCCAAAUAUAUUCCACAUAUGAGUCAACCAGUACCCUGAAAAUCACUGAUUCACAUGAAAAUCAAUCUAGUAGUACUGUAAGUCCUAUCUCCAGUAGCAAGUUAAUGAUGGACAAUAUGAAUAAAACAGGUGAGAACGGCUCCAUCUCAGAGCUGCUCGGAGACACGUCCAUUCUGGAUGAUUUGUUUACCAACAAAACGAAUCGCCAAACACAGUUACCAGUUAGACCAAACUGUGAUCCAGCAGCAACAAAAGCAAAACACCGUCCCAAAGAUUUUUGGGAUUUAUUAAAUGAACAAAAUAACGAAAGCCUAAAUAAGCUCACUGAUUUGAGUGUGAUAGAAAAGGUCUGUGAGAGUCCAACCUUACCUUCAACAACCAAGAAAGAUCAUUGGGAUGAUUCGCUGUGGAUAAACAAUGAGAAGUUUUUAUGGCGAAAAAACGAUUCAAUGCAUAAUUCUAGUACGUCUUAAGAUGCAUAGCAUGUGUGUACAGCAGAAAGCAAUGGUGCUGGUUAAAUACUGUUUAGGGAUCAUUUGAAGCUCUGCAGAAGUAGACCCAUGGGGGAG